CUGCAGCUGUAUAUCAUGAGCCGAGAGGGCAGAACAGGAAGCCCCGAGGGUGACAACCCAGACCAGGUUGACCUACCUACAAUAGACGAAAAUGAAGAGAAAGAUGGCAAUUAUGAAAGGCCAUUUAGCGUUACUAAACAGCCUGAGUUACAAUCGGCACAUCUGGCCAGAACUCCGGUGAUGUCAGAAAAAUCUGAGGAAUCGGAAUCAGCCAUCUUGAUUACUGAGCUUCUGGAUUCGGAUUACCCGCAAAAGAAGGAAGAGGAGGAGGAAUCAGAUGAGAUAGAAGAGGAUCAAUCUGGGAGUGACAGAGGCAGUGAAGAAUUAGAAGACUUUAAGACAGUUAAUAUUCAAACAGAUGAACUCUCAAAUGAUGACGAAGAUCUGUGGGACACAGACUUAGAAAUCGAUGAUGAAGGUGGCGAGCAUGACCCCACCGGACGGGCCCAGUAUCGGAGCGUCUGCGACCAACUGGGGGUGGUUCCCAUCUCUUACUUCAUUCGACAUAUCACUGAACCCACAGUUACUAUGAGGUACCACGGGCUAGGUCCUAUCGGAGCAAAGGCAAUCGCUUUGGUGCUUAGGGAUAACGUUACUUUAGAACAUCUUGACAUCGACGGAAACUGGAUUGGUGGUGAAGGUGGAAGAGCCAUUGCCCGAAUGCUGGAGGAAAAUGACUAUAUUACAGAAGUGAGUUUGGCGGAUAACAGGCUGGGGUCUCUAGGGGCACGUUGUAUCUGUAAGAUGAUCCAGUCCAAUGCCGGGCUCAGACAGAUUAACCUCUCAGAUAAUAACUUCGGAGAUGCAGACACAGAAUAUUUUAUUGAAUGUCUUGAACAAAACAAAUAUUUGAGGGAUUUGAACUUAAGUAAAAACCGUUUUGGGCAGAUUGCUGGUGAGAUGUGGGGUCCGGCAAUAGCUUCAAAUGACACGCUCGAGUCUUUGGAUUUGAGUUGGAAUCAUUUACGGCUUAAAGGUGGUAUAGCCGUGGCUCGCGGUCUACAGGAGAACGUGAGGUUGAAAACAUUCCGUGUGGCUUGGAACGGUUUGGGACCAGAGUGCGGCGUCCCGUUCGCUGAUGCGUUGGCCAACAACAGUGCCGUUCAGGAACUAGACCUCUCUGGGAACCGUCUGGAUAUGAAGGCGGCCUCGGCCAUUUCCAAAUCCCUCCUAUCCAACGAAGAGAUCAAAAUAUUGAGGAUGGGAAAUAACCACAUUACUACUUCUGGUGCGGUUGCCUUGGUUACAGCCAUCAACAACAACGAGAGCAGUUCCCUACAGGAGCUCGAUUUAACGGAUGUUCCUGUAGAAUAUGAGUUUCUCCGGGUGGUUGAGGAUAUACGACUAAAACGCCCGGACUUCCGGGUCAUAAACGGUCCCGUCCUGCGAUCAGGGAACACUUUGGAGGAUAUCGGGAAACCAGCCAUCGAUCCAUAUAGGAAGAAAGAACCUGUUAUGGUUCUGAAUGAGCAUAUCGUUGUGAAUGAUAUGAGGCUUCUGGAUGUCCUGAAGAGAUACGACCCUGACAACAGCUUUAGUGUUACUGCUGAAGAGUUCCUGGCGGCGUUGGAUGAGCUAGCAGUGCCGUACGACAGGACCAAGCUUGAGCAAGCUUUGGAGAAAGUGCCACGAGGGAAAAUGGGCAAGAUAUACUUCGGAGAUUUCUAUGAGCAACAAAAUCGGCCAAUGUCUUCACGAAGUCAAAGAACUGAGGUGAAAGAAAAUUGUGACCAGUAACAGGACAACUAUACAAGCAAUGUAGUUAUCAUCGCCAUACACAGGCCUACUGUUGCAAAGAUCAUAAAUGCUGGGUGGCCAAAUCAAAUUAUAGGGCAUUGUGUCAAAGUUACUUGUACUAUGCAUUACUAAAUUAUUGAACAACAAUGCUAUAUACCAUUCCAUUUACAGUAAGUAAAUUAUUCAAAACCAACUAUUCCCAUCAAAUCGUAACCCAAUGUAAAUAAAACAUUUCUGUUUUCAUUUAUGUACGUGUGCUACAGAACAGUUGUUUACGGGAUCUGAUGGUUAUAGGGCACUUAAACCAGCCCAUAAAAACUGCUCUUGACUUUCUAUAUGUAUUCGUGCUCUGAACACUUUACCUAGGGCAUUACUACAGAACGAUACAUCGAAAUGACCUAGUACGUACAAUAUACCAGGUGUCCCCAAAUCCGUCCUCGUUUUAUACAUAUGCCUUGGAUAGAGCAAAAUAUUGAAUACGAGAUGAAUGUUACGCUACCAACACAAUAAAAGCAAUAUUGUAUACCACUGGAGGAGUUGUAUAACUUGCACAUUUGUCGCUUUGAUCAUAUCAUGCAAUAAAUUUGCCAUUCUCAUCAAGUUACUUGUAUACAUACGUCUUCUUUGUUUAUAUUUUAUAUAUGUAACUGUAAUUCGUCACGUGUGUGAUGUACCAGUGUGUUUGUUUUUCGUCACCCAUAUAAAUCCCGUCACGACGUGAAAUAUUCAGGAGUUCUCCCUGUACACCAUUAUUCAAAGAAGUCGCAUUCGUGUUAUGUGAUUGACGACUCCCCAUCAAGCACUGCAACGCACUACAAGAAAACUGGUAGUUAAUAUGUAUGCUGAAUGUUUAUGCAUGGUGAAUACCGGCAUUUGCCAGCAUUUCCUAACAUUUUCAAUACUUUAACUGUUCAACACUGUCAGCAUUUAAGUAUGUAGCUCAGCUGGGAUAGGCCACGAAUUGCUGCAGAUGACAAUACCAUGUUAAAUCUCACAAAAAUCUUAACAUGCCCAUGCAUUUACACCGGUACUUUUCCGGGUAAUGUAAUGUAGAUUUUUAGUUCUGUGAAAGUCAGAUUGAAAUGCAACUUCUCUUAAUAUUUACAUACUGUUGUAUUGUGGCUUUUACUUCAUACCCUAAGAAACAUUUCACAUGCAUAUACAAAUCUUCAAAUAUACAACAUUUGUUAUCUUUCUAUAUGGUAGUUAUGUCACAGGUUAUUUUAUUUAUUUAUUUAUUUGAUUGGUGUUUUACGCCGUACUCGAGAAUAUUUCACUAAUACGACGGCAGUCAGCAUUAUG